UAAAGUCUGCCAUGUUUUGUCCUACUUGUCGCGCUUGAUCAACGCGUUCGCGAUUUUGGUUCCAAAACCAAUAAUUUACUGAAUGUAACACGGGCUGUGCUUUGUUUACAAAUAGUGUAGUUGGUGACGGUAUAAUUGCUUUAGUGAAUUUUAAAUCUAUCGAUCAGUUUUGAUACUUGUGUGUUUAAUGGUGUAGUUCGUAUUUCGUAAAAUUUUGAAAUCGUUCACUGGUUCGCUUUACUUGAAAGCCAUGCAAGAUUAUUGUUAAUCUGUACAGAUAGUUGUUUUAUUUAACGUGGUGGAAUAAAUGACUUCUCUGUGACGCAACCCACGUGCACAAUACAGCAAGCAUCUCUCAUGCAUAUUUGUUAUUAUUUUGUUCGCGGCUAGAGAGUUCGAUUCGAGUCCGUCUGAUUCGGAUCGAAGAAGGCAUAUCGCGUCGUCCGUCUUGCUCGCUCUCGUCGCAUUCCGUAACAUUGCGUUCAAUUUAUUUUCAUAAAUUGAAAUAGAACGGUGGUAUUUCCUCGCGUGUGCAUUAUUGUUUUGGUGCGCAAAGAAUAGAGGAUAGCUGUGGUGGUGUCGGUGCGGCCGGAGCGCACGUGACGACGAAGUGUUUGGGUGUCAGUCUGGUAGGGUUGGCGGGCGCCGGGCGCACGCUACAUUCCGCCUGCACUCUGCAGUGCGGAGCGCUGUAGGCAACGGAGGUGAAUCACCGCGUGUCGUGUUGAUCGUGCUUAUUUACGCGAGUGCAUCGUUAAGUGCGUGAGCGGAAGUGCGAAGGCAUGUGCGGCGCGAGUUGGCGCCGAUGACACCGCCGUCAGAGGCGACGGGGUUUUUAAGCCAGUGAGCGAGUGUUAGCUAUGUUUCUUGGGUUAUGAGUGUGUGACAAAGUUUAGUGUACUGAGGACACUGGAGCCCCUAGACGGAGUUGGGCCCGCCGGGGCGGCCCUGGUGCUUCUCGGGGCUCCGCACGAAGGCAAAAUGGCAGCGUGGAACCGCCACCACCAUUUCAACAUGCUGAUGGACGAAAAUGCCAAAAACAAAUUGGGCGUUGUCGGCGGCGGCAUGCCGGAGGCCGCCGGCGGCGAGCGGCGACACGUGCCCCUAUACGGGCGGCUGGUUGCCGAGGACCAACUCGCCUCGAUGAGCGCACCGUCGGACAUUCAGGUGAGCGCCCCCGUGCGCAACCCAAGAGCUUUCCUGCGCUACCGUAUCCCCGCCCAGGCUAUGCAAGCACGGAUACCACAUCAUUUUCGGGACCCUUCAACAGCGCCGCUAAGGAAACUUAGUGUGGACCUUAUCAAGACAUACAAACACAUUAAUGAGGUAUACUACGCAAAGAAGAAGCGGAGAGCGCAGCAGUACCUCGGCGACGACGGCUCCCACAAGAAGGAGCGCAAGCUCUACAACGACGGCUACGACGACGACAACCACGACUACAUCAUCAAGCAGGGCGAGAAGUUCCUUGACCGGUACGAGAUCUCGUCGCCGAUCGGCAAGGGCUCCUUCGGACAGGUUGUAAAAGCUUACGACCACGAGGAGCAGUGUCAAGUAGCGAUAAAAAUUAUUAAAAAUAAGAAACCUUUCUUAAAUCAGGCACAAAUAGAAGUCAAGUUACUAGAAAUGAUGAACAGGGCAGACGCGGAGAACAAGUAUUAUAUAGUGAAACUGAAGCGGCACUUCAUGUGGCGCAACCACCUGUGCCUGGUGUUCGAGCUGCUGUCGUACAACCUGUACGAUCUGCUGCGCAACACGAACUUCCGCGGCGUCUCGCUGAACCUCACGCGCAAGUUCGCGCAGCAGCUGUGCACCGCGCUGCUGUUCCUCAGCCAACCCGAACUAAAUAUAAUUCACUGUGAUCUAAAACCGGAGAACAUUCUUCUGUGCAAUCCGAAGAGGUCGGCGAUCAAGAUUGUCGACUUUGGUAGCUCGUGUCAGCUGGGGCAACGGAUAUACCAAUACAUCCAGUCCCGCUUCUACCGCUCGCCGGAGGUGCUGCUGGGCAUACCGUACGACCUCGCGAUCGACAUGUGGUCGCUCGGUUGCAUACUCGUCGAGAUGCACACCGGCGAGCCGCUGUUCAGCGGCGCCAACGAGCUCGACCAGAUGAACAAGAUCGUUGAGGUGCUCGGCAUGCCGCCCGACCAUCUGUUGGAUCAGGCACACAAAACUAGAAAGUUCUUCGAUAAAUUACCGGCGUCGGAGGGCGGUGGUUAUGUACUGAAGAAAGUAGCGAGUAAAGAUGGCGGCUACAGAAAGUACCGGCCGGCGGGCACGCGGCGGCUGCACGACAUACUGGGCGUGGAGGGCGGCGGGCCGGCCGCGCGGCGCCGCGGCGAGCCCGGACACUCCGUAUCCGACUACCUCAAGUUCAAGGACCUGAUCCUGCGCAUGCUGGAGUACGACCCGAAGCAGCGCGUGACGCCGUACUACGCGCUGCAGCACAACUUCUUCAAGCGCACCGCCGACGAGUCCACCAACACGCAGCAGGCGCAGGCGCAGUCGCACCACCAGCACGUGGGCGGCGCUCGGCUGUGGGGAGGCGCCGAGCGCAUGGAGGUGGAGAACGUGCGGCGCGACGAGGACAUGCUGCAGCCCGUCUGCCAGCUGCAGCACAGCCCCGUGGCCAUCCACUAGCGCGGCCGGCGGCGGGCGGCCCCCGCCGCGCGCCCCCGCCGCGCCCGCCGCCGCGCGCGCCGCCGCCGCACCUAGCGCGCGUGUGCGACCCGGCCGCCGCACGAACUGGCUUAGUUUAAUUCAUUGCUCCGUAAUCAGAGACAGAUUCGACUUCGCUCUUGUAUUUCGAAGGCGAAGCGUACGCGACGUGUGGUGUAGUGUAAGUGAAAUAAAAAUCGCUCUAUAUCUAGAGGACGGUACGGACGACGCCGACGGUCGGCGGUAGUGCGUAAUUAUAGAGAAAUCGAGACCGGCGCCGGACUAGUGAACUAGUGCGAUGCGGUGACGCUCUCGGACUGAUAAAACCAUAUUUAUAAUUCUAUAUUUUUAUUUAAUGCGAUAAGUCUGACUGUUUAAAAGAUACGGUGACGAUCUGUUACGUUGUAACUUGUAUUGAAUUAUGUUCUUAAAAUUGCUUCAUUCGACCGUACUUAGAGAGUUCCGCGUCGGCUCCGGCCGGCGCUUCCGGACGCGUUAAGGGCAUGAAAGCUAGGUUUUUUUAUUGUUACGCAAUGCAUAUCAUGAACGCAAUAUGGUAGAAAAUAAAUAUUGUACAUAUUUAGGAAACAGACUUAUAAUGGUUACAGACUGCAACUUAAACCGUUUAAUCUAUAGUUUAGUUACAUCUAUGCUAGUUAAGCUUUCAUUCAGUUUUUUUCGCAAGCUUUAUAUUUUGUAAAAAAAGUGUCGGCAACUGAUGACUGAAAAUCAAAGGGCCAAACUGAAAUUGUGUUUUGUAUCAACUCGACAAAUUAUCGUGGAAUAUGUAAAAAUAAAAUGUACAUGUGAGGGUAUUUUUUGAUUGCAUCAAUUCGAUCCUUUAAAAAAUCCUCUCGCAUGGAAAAUCGUUUGAAACUUUGCCCUCGCAUUUCAGAGUUGUUGUAUAUUGUAUAAUGUUUUUUAUUUCCAAUCUCGAAUGCAUAAGAUUUGAGGUUAUGUACAUUUGAACACAUGUAUUGUGUUUACAUAAAUAUAGGUUAUUUUUUAACCCAUUGGAUUACUCUGAGGAUAUGUAAAGCAGAUGAAUAGUGUAUAGGUAAUUCUAUAAAACACAAAAUGUAUUUGUAGGUUACGGGAAUGUUGAAUGAUAUAAUAAAAAGUUUUGGGUAUUUCAGAUAGGAGUUAAUAAAUUAAAUAAACUGACUCGUUCAACCUUUUUGGAUUUGAAUCUACAAUAGACUAACCUCAUUGCAACAGACUGCUCGUAAAUUUGUAACGGAGAUAUUUUGUAUAGCAAACUGAAUCACUGCCUUACUGUGCCGGAACUUUUAUGGAGGAGGCCCGCUACUCACCGGCGACUUUGCGCUGCGACUUUUGCGACUAUCAUUUGUAUACUGAUGCGGCACGGUCGCGCCUGUCGCCGUGCCGCACACCUGUUUAAAUCUUCCCAAUGUUGAAAACAAAUGUACAAAUGUAGCGUAGAUUUUUUCAUGUUACGACGACGUCACAUAGAUUUGUCAUACAUAUUACAUUUAUAUACAUAGAAAAUUUAACAAGAGUGUACCGAAGGUAAAUUGAUACUUGUUAAAAUGAUAGAGCUUUUGAAUUUAAUUUAAUGGAACUAUAUGGUUAUUUUGUCUGAGUUACUUAAUUCAACGGAUUAUUUCUCACUAAAUCCAAUAGUUUGUUUGUAAAAUUGUUCAUCAUAGCGCUCAUUAUAUUUUUUAUUUAAAUUAGGCAAUGCUUUAUUAUUAGCUGAUACUUUGUCACGUACAUUAUGUAUGAAUUAUGCUCGUAUAAUACUAAGGUAAGAAGACUAUAAAGUGCGUCCGAUCGCAAAGUAGCGGUGUCGGUAGCGGGCCUUAGCGUUAGCGGGUUUAUUCUGGAGCCACGUGAAUUAGCAAACUAUAUUUUUUUCAAUUGUUUAUAGUUGGUGUACGUCGACUGAGAUUGGGCGUUCAGAGUAAAACCGCUAAUUUGUUGAAUAUUGCAACUGAACGCAGAUUUUUUUGUGCUGCAGAAUGUUGCCGUGAAUUUUUUAUAAAGCUCCUUUCCCGAAUGAAAAUAUUAUUUUAAAAUACACAUUUGUAUGGUACAAUCGUUCAUUUAAUACAUGAAGCAUGAAAGUAUUCGCCUCUUCGUUAACGCUAUGACUUCCAAUUUGAUUUGAUUGUAGAUUUGAAUCUAUCCCUUAACUCGCUCUUCUGAAAUAUUGAAUUUCUCUCUUAUCUGUAUAAUAUUUACUGUAAUAAUACUUUUUUGCUUCAUGAGGUAUAGGACUGUUAGGAAUAUAAGAAAUAGGUAUGGGAAACAAGAUAUUCAUAGUAGGGUGAUAAUAUUUCAUAGGCGGGUUUCCAAAAUAAUAAUGUAACUUAUUUUCUUAUUCAUUGUACUCAGCUAUUGUGACGUUCUUGUAAUCAUGUACGAGAUGAUUUGAUGAAAAUUUUUGUAUUCUAAUAAAUAUCGAUGUUGGUGUUGACUUAUUUUCUCCUUUACAAAACUUACAUAAUUUGACGUGAAUAUUUUUUAAUCGCCGCUUUUAAAGUACUGUUACGAAAAAAUAUGUGAUAUCAGAAAGUAAGUCGAUGUCGAAGUGCAUGUAAGAUUGGAAUCCUGCGUCAUUAUUGUUUUAACACGAAGUGAGCCGAACAAGCGAUCGCCGCCCCCGAAAUCAGCCGAGACCAUUGGGCCCUGCGUACUUGCAUACUUACGCUUCAAUAUGUAAUGUAAUAUAAUAUUUAUUUGUACUGUGACAUUAAUGUGGUGUGUUCGGAAUUAUAUGUUUAUUUCCUAUCGGAUUGUCAGUUCGCAGGCACUGUAACAAUAAAAGGAUAGAGCUUUAUGUCACUAAGUUUUGUAUUUUAAAUCAAUAAACGAUAGCAAUGA